GUGACAGCAGAGGCUCAGCGGUGAGCGAGCGGUCCUCCUUCACAUCGACACUCUGUGGACUUGACGCUGGAACCACCGGAGGCCUUUUUUUAUUUCUAUUUUUAUGAACAGCCCGCAUCCGGAAAAGGGGUUGUUUGUUUAGUCCCAAUAUAGGUCCUUCCAUCUUGGAUCAAUAAUGGCCUUCAGCAAAGGUUAUCGCAUUUACCACAAGCUGGACCCGCCGCCCUACAGUGUCAUCGUGGAGACUCGGGGCCGGGAGGAAUGCCUCAUGUUUGAAUCCGGGGCCGUUGCCGUCCUGUCGGCAGCUGAGAAGGAGGCCAUCAAAAACACAUACUCCAAGAUAGUUGACGCCUAUGGAAUCUUGGGCGUGCUCCGCCUCAAUCUUGGUGACUCCAUGCUCCACAGCCUGGUAGUGGUGAGCGGCUGCAGCUCCGUGGGCAAGGUGCAGGAGUCGGAGGUGUUCCGGGUGACGCAGACAGACUUCAUAUCGCUGAAGAACGACUCCGGGGACGAGGAGCGCAUCGCCGAGGUGCGGAAAGUGCUGAACUCGGGACACUUCUACUUCGCCUGGUCGUCCACCGGCGUCAGCAUGGACCUGAGCCUCAACGCCCGGCGGAGGAUUCUUGAAGACACCACGGACAACCGCUUCUUCUGGAACCAGUCCCUGCACCUGCACCUGAAGCACUACGGCGUCAACUGCGACGACUGGCUCCUGCGGCUGAUGUGCGGCGGCGUGGAGAUCAGGACCAUCUACGCCGGACACAGGCAAGCCAAGGCCUGCAUCUUCUCCCGCCUCAGCUCAGAGCGGGCCGGCACGCGCUUCAACGUGCGCGGGACCAACGACGACGGGCAGGUGGCCAACUUUGUGGAAACGGAACAGGCUAUUUUCCUGGAUGACCGAGUGUCGUCCUUCAUUCAGAUCCGCGGAUCCAUUCCGCUGUUUUGGGAGCAGCCGGGAAUCCAGGUCGGCUCUCACCGCGUCAAACUCUCCCGAGGAUUCGAGGCAAACGCGCCCGCCUUUGAGAGACACUUCACCGCCCUUCGGAGCUUGUAUGGAAAACAGGUGAUCAUCAACCUGCUCGGCAGUAAGGAAGGAGAGCACAUGCUCAGCAAAGCCUUUCAGAGUCACCUGAAGGCAUCGGAGCACGCCGCUUACGUGAAGAUGGUCAACUUUGAUUAUCAUCAAAACGUGAGGGGCGGCAAGGCGGACAAACUGCACAGCGUGCUCAAACCUCAGCUCAGCAAAUUUGUUGACGAGUGCGGCUUCUUUUACUACUCAGGGGAGAUGGGCAUCACCAGGAGCCAGGGUGGCACCCUCAGGACCAACUGCCUGGACUGUUUGGACAGAACCAACAGUGUCCAAGCCUUCUUUGCGCUGGAGAUGUUGCCGAAGCAGCUGGAGGAAAUGGGUCUGACCGAGAAGCCGCAGCUGGUGGCCCGCUUUCAGGAGGUGUUCAGGACCAUGUGGUCUGUUAACGGAGACUCCGUCAGCAAGAUCUACGCGGGCACUGGCGCCCUGGAUGGCAAGGCCAAGGCGGGAAAGCUGAAAGAUGGCGCCCGCUCGGUGACGAGGACGAUCCAGAACAACUUCUUCGACACGUCCAAGCAGGAGGCCAUCGACAUCCUGAGGCUGGGCUCCACGCUCAACAGCGACCUGGCCGACAAAGCUCGGGCCUUGCUCACCACUUCCAGUCUUUACGUCACUGAGCCCGUCUUGCAAUCAGCCUCCCCCAGGGUGCUGCUGGGAAUGUGUCAGAACUUCCACAAGUACACGCGGCCCAAACAGAUCCGCGUCUGCGUCGGCACCUGGAACGUCAACGGCGGGAAACAGUUCCGCAGCAUCGCCUUCCGCAACCAGACUCUCAACGAUUGGCUGCUGGACGCGCCCAAGAUCGCGGGCGUCCCCGAGUUUCAAGAUAGCAAAGCUAACCCUGUCGAUAUCUUUGCCAUCGGUUUUGAGGAAAUGGUUGAGCUGAACGCUGGAAACAUUGUCAGUGCCAGCACCACCAACCAGAAGUUAUGGGCUGCUGAGCUGCAGAAAAACAUCUCACGGGAUCACAAGUACGUGCUGCUGGCCUCGGAGCAGCUGGUGGGCGUGUGCUUGUUUGUCUUCGUCCGCCCGCAGCACGCGCCCUUCAUCAGGGACGUCGCCGUAGACACGGUGAAAACGGGAAUGGGCGGGGCUACGGGCAACAAAGGGGGCGUGGCCAUCCGCCUGCUGUUCCACACCACCAGCAUGUGCUUCGUGUGCUCCCACUUUGCGGCGGGACAGUCGCAAGUCAAGGAGAGGAACGACGACUACAACGAAAUCACACGCAGACUCAGCUUCCCCAUGGGUCGCCUGCUCUACUCGCACGACUACGUCUUCUGGUGCGGCGACUUCAACUACCGCAUCAACCUGCCCAACGAGGAAGUGAAAGAGCUGAUCAAGCAGAAGAACUGGGACGCGCUCACCGCCGGCGACCAGCUCUUUGACCAGAAGAACGCCGGUUUGGUGUUCCGAGGAUUCAUGGAGGGCAAGUUGGACUUUGCGCCGACGUACAAGUACGACCUCUUCUCAGAGGACUACGACACCAGCGAGAAGUGCCGCACGCCAGCCUGGACUGACCGCAUCCUCUGGAUGAGGAGAAAGUGGAACUUUGACAAAACAGCGGAGGAGAUGAACGUGGUCGGAGCGGUGUCCACGUCGGCGGAGAGCGAGGCCGACCCGGAACACCACUGGAGCCCCGGGACCCUGAAGUACUAUGGCAGGGCGGAGCUGAAGACCUCAGACCACAGGCCCGUGGUCGCCGUCAUGGACGUGGACAUCCUGGAGGUGGACCCGGAGGCUCGGCACCAGGUCUACAAAGACGUCAUCGCCCUGCAGGGCCCUCCAGACGGCACCAUCCUGGUGUCUCUGUGCUCCUCCGGACCCGACGACUACUUUGACGACCCGCUCAUCGACGAGCUCCUGGACAAGUUUGCUCACUUUGGCGAAGUGAUCCUCAUCAGGUUUGUUGAGGAGAAGAUGUGGGUGACCUUCCUGGAGGGUUACUCUGCUCUUGCUGCUCUGUCUCUGAGCGCAUCAACGGUUCUUGGCAAGGUGAUCGACAUCCGCCUGAAGAGUUCGGGCUGGAUCAAGAGUCUGGAGGAGGAGAUGAGCGUGGAAAGAAUCUGCGGGAGCAUCCCCAUGUCGGCCAGCUCCACCCUGCUGGCGGAGGACGCCGACAUGGGCGACGACGACUACGACAUGGAGGGUGACGUGGAUGAGGAGGUGGAGGCCAUCCUUCCACAGCACCUGCAGCCAGCGAUGGGCUCUGGACCAGGAUCUUCUCCUCUCGGCUCCCCUCGCGGCAGCCCCUGCGCCUCCCCCACCCACGGGGAGCCUGCAGGGCCCAGCAGGCCCGGACGCGGUUCUCAGCCAUCCCGACCAUCACACGGACCUCCCGUUGACCUCCCACAACGCCCGCCCCCUCCUCGGCCCGGUGCCCCCCCGGCCAGACCUGCACCCCCGCAGCGCCCACCACCACCUUCAGGAUCCAAAAGCCCGGCUCUCCCUCGGCCCGAUGCCGCCGCAGGUCGAGGCCAGGUGGUUGCAGGACCUCCUGGACCGGCAGGUGUUGCAAGGCCGAAUCUUCCUCCUCGAGCCGGCGUGAUCAGCAUGCCCCCGCAGAGCCGUCCUCUCCCGCCUUCCCACCCGGGAGCUCCCCGCCCCAUCCCAGAGGUGCACCCAGGGGCGCCUCGAGCCAUCAGCGACACCCACCCGGGAGCCCCGCGACCAGGACCCUGUGGCCCCGCUAAACCCUCCGAUCUUCCUUUAGGAGCCGCCGCGCCUACAGCGCCCCCUGCUGUGAGGCCGUCUGCACCCGCACAACCCCAGCCUGCUGCCCCGGUCCACCUGCCCGCCCCGAUGCAGCCCACGCCGGCCCCUGCUCAGACUCUGGCCUCCCCGAAACCGCCGCCGCGUUCCCGCUCGCACCACGCUCUGCCGGCGGACGCCGCCCAGACAAACGGACUAAAUGGCGUUCAGUGGAAGCCCAACCCCUUCGACGCUGUUGCCUCCGACUUCCUCCCCUCGUCAUCAAGCACCCGAUCCCUGACCCGAGGCUCCUCCCUGAGGACUCCCCCCUCAGUUCCCGUCUCCUUGUCCGUGCUCCACUCUUCAUCCUCCUCACUGCUUCCGCCUCCUCCCUCCAUGCCUCGCAGUCGCUCGCAGGAGGCGCUGCGAGCCUCCCCGAACCCGUUUACAGCCGAGCCGCUCCCGGCCCGACCCAACAGCACCAACCCGUUCACCGGGUCGCUUCAAGCUCGCCAGCCGCCGGACGGCGCCGUGCAGACGCCGCACCCGCCGUGGUCGGCUCUGUCCGAGCCUCUCAUUCCCACCCCGGCGGCGGGCCCCAAGGCCCUCUCUAGGACCAUGUCGCUGUUUGGACGCUCGCCGGCCCUCCCGCCCCGCCGCCAGCCGCCUCCCCAGAGAGACCACCCGCCUCAGCAGUGGGUAACCUUCAACGACGACCACGACUUCCUCCUCCCUGUGAAAACCCCGCAAGCUUCGGCGAGCCAAACCCUGCCACCCGGCUCCGCCCUUUUCCCCGAGCCGGACUGGCUAACGCCGACCCCCGCCUCGACAUUCCCGACGCUCUGCUCCGCCCCUUUCCCCGAGCCGGACUGGCUAACCCCGACUCCCGCCUCGAUAUUCCCGACGCGCCGUCCUCCCGUCCCGUCUCGGAAGCUCCCGGACGGCUCGAGUCAGAGCUGCUUCCUGCCCAGCCAGCCCACAGAGAGAUGACCAACACCCAGAUAUGUAGAGAUCUACUCCACACCUGGGUUUGCAGCCAGGGGGGUGACUCUUUGGGCACCCAGCCAUUCAAUCCCAUUCGAUUCUCGAUUCAACACCAUACUCGCUUCAAACCGAUUCUUGCAAUGUAUUUUUUAGGGGUGUCCAAACUUUUUAACUGGGCUAAAGAAAAUGUGGUUUAAGGCCGAAGGCCGACUGCAUGUAAA